CUGCGCUGACGUCCUUUCUCUGCUGGAGAGUAUUAUGGUCUGUCGGGAAUUCAGAGUGGCAGGGACUGGAGAAAAAAGCAAGCUAGCAAGCUAACGGUAGGUAGCACUGGAGUAAACAUGGAGCUGUCGGCCGUCGGGGAGAGGGUGUUCGCCGCCGAGUCGAUCAUCAAACGCAGGAUAAGGAAGGGUCGACUCGAGUACCUUGUGAAAUGGAAGGGCUGGUCUCCUAAAUACAGCACAUGGGAACCGGAGGAAAAUAUUCUGGACUCCCGUCUGUUCGCCGCUUUCGAGCAGAGGGAGCGUGAAAGGGAGCUCUUCGGGCCCAAAAAGAGAGGACCGAAACCCAAGACGUUUCUCCUCAAGGCCCAAGUUAAAGAUAGCGCCAAGUCUUAUGAGUUUAGGAACGAGGCAAUGCGGGGGAUGCACAUGAGCUACCCCACAGCAGAGCCAGUUGCCACCCCGAGGGCCAGAGAAGGCCUGAGAGCUGUUGUCCCCACAAUUUUCCCACCCAGCACUGUUAACCGAGGAGAGAGCGUCUUUGUCGGCCCGCCGGAUCUGACCUAUGAACGACAAGCCGACGGCCUGGUGCAUUUACCCAAAAAGAGAGGGCCAAAGCCCAAGCUCCGUUUCCAGGACGACGUCUGUGCGGGCUCGGAGGCCGGCAAGAGGAGAGCAGACGAGCUCGUGAGCCGCAGCCCUCAAAAACUGCUGAAGCUACAGAGCAGCGGAGACGUGAGACUAGUCAAAGCGCCCCAUCACAGACAACCCGAAAACCACAGUCACGGCCAUAAACACCACCGGCACCACCACCGCCGCCACCAUCACCACCACCAUCAUUCACACAACCGGCCAAUGACAGAUGAGGGCUCCUACAAGCAGCUUUACGCAGGCAGUGACGCGCACAGGACUCAGAACAGCUCAGGCCCCUCCAAGCAGCAGAGUCGCCCCACCCAGCUGCUGCCCACGGAAAAGCCUUACUUCUUAGACAAGCCCUCCCCGACCCGACUCGACGUCGACUCGGACGAGGUGACGUGGCGGCCGUCCCUGUGCAGCGUGGAGAAGGUCCUGGUGACGGACGUGACCGCCAACUUCCUGACCGUCACCAUCAAGGAGAGCAGCACUUCAAAAGGCUUCUUCAAAGACAAGAGAUGACUUUCACUCUCACAAGUAUCAUGCAGAACUUUAUAGGGUGAUUAUUACAUGACGUUUUUGUGUAAUGUAAUCUAUAAAGACAAAUUAUGACAUGUACAUAGGCAAAUUAUGACAUGUACAUAGGCCAGUUGGGCAUAAUGUACUGACCAAAGUUAAAUGAAGUCCUGUUCCAAUUAUGCACUGGUACAUUAUGCAUUCAUACAUGCAUACAUUUCUUUUGUAAAAUUUGUACAUUUGACUAAUAUCAAAAUAUAACAAGAUGGAUUGUAUGACUUCCCCCCCCCACCCACCUUAUGAUGGGAGAUCGUGAGAAUUGUUUUCCGUUUAUAAAAAUCCAUUCUUUGGGUUGAAAUAGUUUGCUGUAAUUUAAAAAGAUUUGACACAUUGUUUUUUUGAAACUGUUCUUAAGCACUUUGUGUUGAAAGUAUUAAUCUGUUCCUGUUGCUUUCAAAGUCCAACUUUGCUCCAAUUGUCCAGCAUUUCUAAAUGUUAGCUAAACCACGGGUUGUUUAGGCCUAACUGCAUUGUUUAUUGACAUUAACAUAUUUCAUUAUGCAUAUUGAAGUGGUAAAAAUAACACUCGGUGUCAAACUUGUUUUAAUAAAUCUAACGUUUUCACCUGUUAA